AAGGACCAAAGAAGUGAAGAACAUCGAAGAGGAAGACGAAGAAGAUUUUGAGCUCCGACAAAAUAUGCGGAUUCUUGCUGCUCGCAUAGCUAACCAUUUUUGCAGGGCACGAAACGCGUAUCAGACUCGAUCUCGAAAUUUCUCCUCGUUGAACAAGAAAGAUGACCUUACACUGGAGGAAGAAGCUGAGAGGAAAAUAGGCUGGUGUCUCAAAAUUUUCUUUGCUGGGACUGCAACGUAUAUCGGAUACCAGUUUUUCCCUUACUUAGGUGAUAACUUGAUUCAUCAAUCAAUAUCGCUUUUACAUGUGAAGGAUCCUUUGUUUAAGAGAAUGGGAGCUUCUAGGCUUUCCCGUUUCGCUAUUGAUGAUGAAAGGAGGAUGAAGGUUGUGGAGAUGGGUGGGGCUCAAGAGCUUCUACUUAUGCUGGGAAGUGCUAAAGAUGACAAGACAAGGAAAGAAGCUCUAAAGGCUCUUGCUGCUCUCUCUAAAUCAGAUGAAGCUGCCAACUUCCUAGGCUCUAAUGGAGCACUCUCUAUCGUCAAAUCGACUCCAGAUUCCUUGGAAGAUUCAGACAUUUCAACAUACAAGUCAAACAUACUCGAGAAGCUAGAUGAGAAAAACCUCGCCGUCUCUUCCAACUGAACUACUUUUUUUACGAACAAGGAUAGGUCAAGAAUCAGAAGUCCUGGUAUUUUCAUAAUCUUAAGCUUUUGAAGGUCUGUAUCAUUUUAUGUUCCUCUUUUUCCAACUUAAAACUCUUCAAUUUUUGUUCCUAAAGAAAGGAAUAGUCUGAUU